ACGUGUAACGAUAGCAGCAAAAUCCGAGAGCUGCAAUCGUGGCUAAAACCCAACCAAAAACAACAAUACCGAACUCAAGAAAAUAACAUCCCGGAAAAGAGACGAAAUUCUCACCGCCAAUUGCCGGUAGAAAGUGCGAAUAAACAAAUAGGAUAAACAAAUAUUUGUGAGUGGGUAAAACCUGGAAAAAUUGUUAGCAAACAGAAAGUGUUUCCCUUGUGCAAAGUGAAAAACUCAAGAAAACUUUUUAAUUGGUGAAUUAUUAAAUUCAAGCCCAUCAAAUGAGGCGCACUAUUUUUUAAUGGAAGUCCCCGGAACGAGGAUAAUAACCAGCCCGAGGGAACCAGCCUCAUCGGCGACCUGAUCCCGCGAUGUCCGCGUAAUGAAAGCGAAACUCAAAAAGUUGUCCUGCCGUCGCUGAGUGGAAAAACAGCCCGGGAAAAGCCAAAAAUAAUACAAAUAGGCAGCUGAAAAUGAAGUCCGUCAUUUUGUAUCCAUAUGGACCGCUAACCGGCGGCACACGUUGCUGUCGCAUGUUGCAUGCCAAAAAUUUGGCCAUAACAAGUGCAAUUUACACAAUAAAUAUAUCGCUCUUAAUCGUACUGAUAUACUCGUGGCGCAUUAAUGUCAACAUGCACAAGUCGGCCGAUCUGCAGGAUGUCUACUACGGUGUUCAAAUAGCAUACUUCGCCAUUAUCGGCACACAAAUGUCAAUGAUAUUGCUGAGCAUUGUGUUAAUAUUUGGAAUAUGUCGGGAGAACCCCGGACUAAUUGUACCCUGGAUAAUUGGCUAUAUAACAUUUAUGGCCCUGGAAGCUGUCGCCAUGGUCUACUCCAAUGUUCUGCGCGAUCAUGUAAAUAAGCAAUUUGAUGCCAUGUGCAAGGCCGAGGUGGCUUUCUUUAUUGCUCGAGCCCUGAUAAACGUGCUGGCCAUGUGGGGAGUGCUGCGCUUCUACAACCUGGUGCGUUCAGGAAUUACUUGGCGAGGGCCUGAGGCCAAGACCGCAAUUUUCGCGCCGAUGUAUAAGAGUGUUAGUACGAACAAGCCGCACACAUACACGUACAGCAAGCGGUCAAGGCGUCGCCAUAGCAUCGAGGCGACUUCCGGCGGAUGCUGCGCCAUCUUCGAUUUCGAUUUUGAGUACGACGAUGAUAACGAUGACGACGACGACGAGGCCUAUGGCGAUGGCCUGGACACGGAGGAUGAGGUGGGCUAUGACUACGACGACUACUACGAUUACUACGACGAUGACGAGCUGGCCGAGCAGCAGCAGUUGGGCCUGCAGCAGGACGAUGCGGACUGCAGCAUGUUGGGGGCGGCCAAGGCAGGCAGAUCGCGGUCCAAGCCUCGAUCCGCUGUGGUCAAGGUCAAGGGUCAGAGGAGCGGAAGCCGUCGCACCAACAACAACAUCCGCAGCGUGCUGAUCAACAAGCGGCACAACAAGUACAAAAUCGCCCGGCCCCAAACGCAACUGGAGGUCAUCAACGAGUCGGAGAAGAGUGCGGGGAGCGGCAGCGAUGAGAACGAUUCGCUUUUGGUGGCCUAUGACAGCAGUUCGUCGAUGGCGUCGGUUUGACAUUGGCCGCCAUGCAAAUCGGGAACCGGAAAUGGAAAUGCAGCCAUUGGGGCAGAGGGAAGUGAUAGGUCCAGUGGUACAAACGACCGGGGAAAGUGCCAUAAUCACAGCGACUGCGACUGCGACUGCGACAGCGACAGUCACUGCAACAACAGAACCGGAAGCGGAAGUGAGACCGACGACGACGGCGAUCCUGACGAGGGCCAGCAUCUGGAACCUGGGUGGCCGAAGGGCGUCCGCCUCCGUGGUCAAUGUUGUGGUCAGCGUCAACGCCGACGUCCACUGCGACGCGUCUACUGCGCUGUAAAUCUGUCCAUAAUGGGCCUCCUGGUGGCCGUGGAGAUAUACGCCCAAAUCGCCAUAUUCCUGUAAACCAGAAGCCCCUCUCUAAAAUGUUGCUUCCAAGGCCAAAUAACAUGAUUUGUUAAAUAAAAAUA